ACAAACCCACUGGCAACGAAUGACGUAGGGCUCAUGCUGCAAAAACACCGUUAGGUCCUUAUGGAUAUGUGCUGGUGAACACAAUAUAUAUUUUCACUUCAGUAAAGUUGUUGAAAACUGCGUAUUAGCGUAAAUAUGCCCUUCACGGCACUAGUUUAGUGUUUGACAGGCAAUACAUAUUCAUCCGCUUCUACAUGAGUGUCAAGAGCACAUUAGUACCCGGAUGGACUGUCAUGGCCGCCGUCGCUGUGGAUUCAUAGAGAGAAGAGAAGGAAGGCAAAUGUUUCUGCUGGGUGUUUUUUUUCAACCUUUACCUCCUUUUUAUAAUGUCGGACGUUGACAGGACGCCGCCUGAACUUCCAUCGAGUUCAUAGCACUGGGACACACUACAUGCUCCUCUUCUCCAGACACAACAUGCAUUAACGUUUGAGUUUGGCCUAAAGGAGUACAGAUAUCUGUAGAUUUACAACAAUGGAAGAAGACCUCACAAUACCUCAUGAUCCUGCCAAAAACGGCAACAUAUCAGUAAUAGGGAAAGAAAAGGUAAAGGACUUUGUGUACAAGCAUUUGAGAGAAGUGACAGAUGGGCCACCCUUCAAUGAUGCAGAAGAAUCCUCCAUUAAAGAACAUGGGAGUUCCAUUACGAAAGAUAAACCAACUCACAAUAAAUCCCAUUGUAAAAUUCAGCAGGGGGCCGUUUUCUCUGGAAAGAUUCUGAGUUUUGGUUGCUCGGUGUGUAAAGAUGAUUCCACAUAUAGCCCCAAUGAUCUUCUCAAACAUUUUCGAGCGGUCCAUAAUGGAACCCUUCCUACGUACCCUUGUGACCUGUGCGGUUUUUCCACAAACGAGUUCCCUGCUCUUCAACGUCAUCGGAUUGAGCACAGGAAUACUCUGGUUACAUGUGAGCUCUGCAACAACGAUGUUCAGUACUCCCUGCUUUUGCUCACCAGACACUACAUCAUGUGUCACAGUCUAAAUGGACAGUUUAACUGUGACUGGUGUGAGUUUACAACUGUGGAUGCAGGAACAUUCGUCCAGCACAUCCAUCAUCAUAACGAGAGUCAUUGGAAGUGUUCAAAAUGCAGAAAUAUUAGCUUGAAUGAAGAAGAUCACCAGAAGCAUAUGAAAGCUCACUCGGGUACAUUCCCUUUCACAUGUCAGAUCUGUGGCUAUGGUGCAUCAAGAGGCGAGUAUCUUAAAAAACACACAGCAGCUGUUCACAAAGAGGAGGUUGAGAGAAGGAAUGCAUGGAAGGCUAUAGAUGACAGCAGCAUUUCAGCAAAUUCACCUGCAAGCCUUAAACUCUUGCUGAAAAAGAGUGGUGAAUCACAGGAGGCUCAGAGGAUAUCAAAACUGAACUGUCUUUCUGGGAGUUUACCAAACCUAAAUGGCAGGCUAAUGAAACCAGAGAUAUCAUUCGAGGAGACCCACCACUUUGUGGAUGGGACUGUCGCAAAAAAGGAAAAUAAAAAUUGGAGCAAAAGCUCUCAUAAUGCAGAGCACUCUAUCCCAGUAGUGUUACAGGAAUGUGACAACUCUGCAAGUUCUGAUGCUACAAGUCACGCCAAUCCUAAUGGACUGACUGUUUUGAUGGUUAAGAACAAAAUCUCUCUUCCCCCUAACUGUACAACCAAGGUAAUGGGAUUCAAGAUGGUUGAUGGCAAAAAACAUUUAGUCCUCAAAGUAAUACCAACAGCAAAGCAAGAUUCAUCCACUCAAAACCAUACAUUUGUGGAAGAUGUGGGAUCCUCGGCACCAAAUCCUGUGUUGGAAAAAGGUAAAGUCUCUCAUGAGAAUGGGGAAUGCUCACAUAGCAAGAAGUUACCAUCACAUUGUUCUGCUCUUUCACCAAAAAGUGGAUCUUGCACACAGAUGGCUCAAGAGGAUAUUAUGGCAGUAAAAGUGAAGAUUGAGGAGGAAGAAACCUCUGUUUGCAACCUUGAUUCCACCCCACCCCGAGACGAUGUUGGCGAGAAAACUAAUCCUUUACUAGGUAGGUCUUCGACUUGUGCGGAUACACUAUAUCCCAUGUCAAAUGAGAUUGCUCAUGGGGCUGACCAGAGUCACCCAAGUCAAACAACCUUGUCCCAGAGAAGUAAGUUUGAAAAAAAAUCUGUCUCUGCAACAUAUAACUCUGAUGCAACCUGCCAUAGGGGUUCUCAAAUCAGUAAUAACAAAUCAAUGUGUGCAGGUAAGGUCACUGAUCAGGACACAUUGCUUUCCAAGCAAGUCUCCAAAGACACUAUUGAAAACUGUGGGGCUGCAGAUGAGUUAUUGAUGACUGAUAGGGUAACAGAAAAACUCAUUGACAAACACAAAGGUAACUCCUCCUUUAACACUAUAGAAAAUCAUGACCAAUCUUCUCAGAGUACUCCAAAAAAAACUGAUCAGGUUAAAACUGAGAUUGAACAUAAAAACAAGCAAAAUUUUAAAAAGCUUUUGACUAAUCCAGCACCUCCAUCCAAGUCAUCCCUAUCCACUUCAGGUAGCUGCAGAGAAAGUGCCAUGGGAUCAGAAAACUCACCAAACCAAGAAGUAUUCACUUUUCACAAUUAUUCCAAGGAAACAUUUGGCACCUCCCCUAACACUACCCAAAACUUUGACAAUAUGUCUGAACAUUCAGUAGACAAAGACAGUGUUUGUGAAUCAUCACAGUUUAGCUUGACUUUGGCAGAGUCUCCAGAGCCAUUCACAGAAAGUGGCAAUAGAGAAGACCCCAAUCAAGAAAAGGUGUCAGAUAGUGACAUUGAGGUCGAUUCGUGCAUCGCUAGUGUUGACGGUCCUGCCACUGAGGAUGAAAAUCCUGAGUCAGUGCUCCAAGACUUUAAUAUUAUCAAAAUUGAGGAGGAGAGCAUUCCUAUAUCUAACAAACAGUCAGAAACAAAGAUUGGUUCAACGUCCUUGGGCAGUUUUGUGGAGGAGCAUUCAGAUGCAAUCAUUAACCAACUUGUGACUAAUGAUUCUUCAAAACAAACAAAAACAACUCUAAGAAUUCUUCAAUUGCCCGAGGGAAAGCAGUCAGUACUGCUGAGAACUAGUGAGAAUCAAUUUGGCAUGCCGGUUCAGCUCAAAGCCACUCCAGGUUUUAAAUUGAUAACCAAUUCUGGAAAUCCUCAGAUCAAUGUAUCCUAUAUGAAGUCAGGGUUAGAAAGAUCAAGCAACCCUACUGGAGUAACCCUUACUCCAAACAGCAGGAGGAUGGGUGUAUCUACACCAAAGGCAGGAGCUGCUGAAAAAGGGGCAACGCUUCUCUCUGCUGUUCAACCAGGUGUGAGCACCACCUCAAACCACUACCUUAUCAACAGCCAAGGUUUAAAGGGUCCUGUACUCUUCUCAAGCACACCAAAAAAUGCACCUUCCGACAAAACGGGAAAGACACAGCCAACUUGCUAUUUGGUACAGAGGUCUAUUCCCUUUGUUCCAACCCCCAGUGCUCCUGGCCUCAGUCUGGCAAAUACACAACUCCCACUGAACUCACGGCCAGUUCUAGCCGUGCCUGUGAAAUCUGCGGACAAACCCAGCGCCCUGCAGACUGGUCGCCAGGCAUUCUUGCUCCGAUACAUAUCCCCACCCAAAUCAGGCUUGAAAUUGAACAACCAAGACGUAAAUACUGGGACUCAGUGUAGCCGAGCCAGUGAAGGUACUGGGAACAAAGUCAUAUUUAAAAUUGUCACUCCUACUGGUAGCCUUCUUACAAGCGUUGCUCCCACCUCAAGCAGUCAACCUUUGUUUUUGGCCACCAGACCUCAAACACAGUGUUUUCUGGUGUCAUCAAACAAAACUAAUGCAAAUUCCUCCAGUGGAGUAAAGAAAAUGAUCACCCUACAAAAUACUGCACAGAAAGAUGUCAAGGGAUCUUGCAUUUCACCCUCUCAGAUGAAUGUAAAGAUACAGUCGUGCGAAGCAGAGAAACCUAUCCUAGCCCCAAGGCCAAUUCGGCCUCCAAGCCAAAGGAAAAGACGCAGGAAACGGUUAUUUGACGAGCUUCCAACAACGGUGCAUAAAGCUAGAAGACUCUCAAAUAAAGUACUGACUGAGAAAGAGACUACUGUGUUAUGGAAGCCUGUAGCCAAAGAAGUUGAAAGAACACUAAGGCUUGCACCAUUCAGUUCUCUACAGCAGGUCAAAUGCCCUCGUAGAUACCAACCUGUAGUGGUGCUCAAUCAUCCAGAUGCUGACAUUCCCGAAGUGGCCAAUGUCAUGAAGGUAGUAAACCGGUACAAAGGUGCUGUUACUAAGGUCUCUCUGUCUCAGAAAACAAUCCAAGCUCUCUCUGAGCUUGCCACUCUAUGGCAGAAUUCCUCGACCAAAGGUGCAUCGUCUCGCAGCGACGAUCCAAGACCCCGGCCAGUUCAGAGUUCUGUCCGAGAGCGAUUCCUCCUGAAACUGAAGUUGAGGAAAAAAAGCAAAAAAAAGUAUGAGGUAGUGAAAAAACUAUCCGCUUGUAGUCAAGAGCCUAUGGUGUUUGACUGCUGGUUUUGUGGUCGGCUCUUCAACAGCCAAGAAGAUUGGAUAGGCCACGGCCAGCGACACCUCAUGGAGGCAACUAGAGACUGGAAUAAGCUGUUCUGAAGGUUUUCCAUCUACUUUUAAGUGAAAGACAUAUGUCUCUUAGGUGGAACAAAGUUUUAAGUUGUAUAUUUUUUAAUGCCCUUCCAAUCUACGUUUUUUUCAAAUUCUGUUCCUGUAAAUACAUAUUCCUCAGUGAAUCGUAGUUUAUCUUUUCAUAGGUGCAUUUUCUGGUAAAUGAUGUACUGCAAGCAUGGUUUAUAUCAUGCAUGCACAGGUCAAAUUGAACUGUGAAAAUGGUACACUGUAAUUUAGAGCUGUGGUAAGAGCACUAGCUUAACAAAAGGAGACAGUAUCAGCAAAGGUUGUACGUAGAGCUUGAUUAAAUUACUCAGGUGAUUUCAUAUUAAUCUGGUUUGUCAUUUUUGCCCAUUACAUUCAAAAAAGCAGAGGCCUAGUGGCCUAAGGGACUUUGGAUAUUUUAUUAUCCUGGACCUGCACAUGAAGACAAAUCUAUUUGUAUAGCUUAACUCUAAAGCUUGUAGAAAAAUUCCUUUUUCGUUUAGCGCUUUUGAAAAUGUUCUGGUCUAAAUUAUUCCAUUUUAUAAGUUGAUACAAUUGAAGGCGUUUGCAUUUUACUCAGUUAUCUUCAUUAAGUUUCUUUGUCAGGAUUUUGUCAACUUGUAGCAUGCACUUGUCAUAACUAGAGAAGAUAUUUUUCACAGUAAUCCUAAAUCUGCCAAGUGUUGAAAAUAGACUGAUAGUUUUAUAAAUUCCUUUUGCUGAAAAGAGAAAUCCUAUAUCUGUUAACCAUGGUCCCUGUCAGUACUUGAGAAAUACAGAUUAUACAGCCCAUUUUGCACCCUAUGCAGUUUCCAUGCAAAGAUAUUGUUGUUGUCAGCAGAUCAGACUGUUUACUCAUACUCAUGUUAAUCAUAUAUUUCUAAUUUGAUUUCAGAGUUAACUGUAGAUCUUAAAGGUCCCAGUAAUUUGCUGUCAGGUUAUUGUUUAUUUGUGAGUCGCAAUGUUUGUUCAUUGAAUAUCAUGAUGCAGGAUGGUAACAUCAAGAGAAACAUAAAAUAAAAAUCUGCCAGAAACAAUAUAGAAAUGCUAGUCAAGUGUUGUCACAGUGCUUGAGUGAAAGAUCUGACAUCGACUUUGAAACCUUUAUGAUGUCAAAGUUGACAAAAUAGCUGCAUUCUUUUAAUCAUUUAUAAAUUUAGUAUAACGUGUCAGUAAGGAAUAUCAACUAGGGCUGCAACCAGGAAUCAAAUUCCUGAUCAAUCAAUCUGUCAAUCUUCUCAAUUAGUUGCCUGUUAAAUGUCAGAAUAUAUAAAAUUUUAUUUUUUUAAGAACAAGGUAACAUCAUUCGAUGUCUGAGUUUUGUCUGACACACGGCCCCAAACCCAAAGACGUUUUUCUCACAGUACGAGGAAGCAGCAAAACAUCUCAAUUUAGAAACUGGAACGUGGCAAUGGUUGGCAUUUUUUUUUAUUUUUUUUUAACUGUUGUCAAAAUUAACUUCUCAAUAAAUCACUCUAGGUCCCAACAUUUACUGUAAAUUCUAUUCGAAUAAUGGCCCAAGUCUCAAACAAUAAUACAUCAAAAUUCCAACUGCUUUUGGUUAAACUGCAGAUAUUUUUUUAGAUCAAAAAUAUGCCCUUUAAGCCGCUAGAAGGCUAAGCCAAUGAUGUUGAACCGUCUUACUACACAUCAACUAAUUGUAGGCACUUGAACCCUUACCACAACCCUUUGGGGAAUAGAGACAUUCAACCUGUGUUAAUGCUGACAAGAAUAAGGACAAAGUUAACUUUUAUAAUGCAAGGGGUUGGCUAGAUAACCCCAGAAGGAAAAUAUGAUGAGGGCGAUAAACUUUACAUGAAUAGACGAGGGCAUGUAUAAAAACAAAAAAAAGCAUAGUAAUUUACUUAAAACAAAGAGCAGACACCCCAAAUAAAAACAGACAUUUUCAUAGCUUUUUAAACUUUUCUUGAUUCAACAGUUUUUUUUGUUGGUAUCAAAUACAUUCAGAGGUUAUUUGAUAGUUACUGUUUUUGUUUUUAUGCUCUGUAGACCUUUUAGGUGUUAGAGCUCUGAACAUUAUCCAUGUGUUUAAACUUUGCGUCAGCUUUCACCUGUUAUUGCAUUAAUGUUGUACUAUAUAUCGGCUCACUGGCGUCAUCAAGUCCAGUAUGUUGUACAUACAUAUGUUUUAAUGUUACAUUGCGACCUUUUCUUAAUGACAACAGGACACGGGCUUUGCUUUUCUUUAUGGGUUUUAAUGAUUGCAUUACAUGAUAAUCGAACUGUGGCGUUUUAUUCCGUUCAAUAUGCAAGUGACUGAACAAUGCAAGCCAUGCUAAUGUUUUUAUACUUUCAAAAUGGUUCUAAUCAGCCAGCCUCCAAGUGAUGAAGUUCUGACCUCAGCAGGUCCCGCUUUUAACCAGCAUUUGCUAAAUGUUCCUUUUAAUCAACCGCUUCAAUCAUCAAGACAUUUUAUUGUACAUUAGGUGAAUUUCCAUGAAAUAAUUUACUGUAAAACUACAAAUGUAGCACGGGUAGUAGCUACAUUUCAUUCAUUUUUACCAAUGAAACCAAGCAAGCAUUCAACCUUUACUUGCUUCAUGCGAUGUUCUCUUCUUAUAGGAAAUGUUCAACAUAUGUAGGCUAUUCUUACUCCCUUAUUUCUAAAGGGUGACGUGAAAUGAUGGAAAUGUCGGGGUUAAGUACAGAGCUGGAGCCUGGGUUGUGGUUAGCCUAGCUUAGCAUAAAGACCGGAGCAGAGACUGUUGUCUGUCAAAGUGUUGGUUAGUGAACUUUAAGGUUGUUGGUUGCUGUGGACAAAGCCAGACUGGCCUUUCCCCCCUGGCUCCAGUCUUUAUGCUGACCUAGGCUAACCACAUGCGUUUGAUAUUCACUGCAAAUUAGCUUAUUUCACAAAAUGUUGAACUUUUGCUUAAUUCAAACCCACCUAGAAUAGCAGAAAGCUAACUUCCUUGGUCAUAAUGUCCCAUUUUCCCAAACAAUCAAUCUUGUUUUUGUUCCCUUUUAGAUGUAAUAACAUCCCAACCCAGUAAAAAAGCUAUUGCAAACAUACUGUUCUUUACAAUUU